AACUUCUUUCUCCUUCAAAAUAUUCCAAGAACAAUUUGGGUUGGCCACUCAAUAUAUGGUUGUUGAAGAAAAUCAUGUGGAGUUCAAGGUGAAACACCAUAAAGCGUUACAUGGUCAAGAGCACAAAGUAUUUUGGGAUGGCGAGAUUGCUACUUGUGGUUGUAAGUUUUUUGAAUUUCAGGGAUUACCUUGUUGUCAUGUGCUAUGUUUGUUUCUUCAUAAAGACUGUUUUGAAAUUCCUUUUAUAUACUUCCUACCACGAUGGUGCCAUGAAGAUUUACAAUGUGUGGAAGAUUUUAUAAAUUCAAAUAAGGAGGAAUCAAAAGGGACCAAUCCUAUUGAAGAAAAUGUUGAGCUUGUUCAUUGUCCUCCCAUCUCAAAGACUAAAGGACGCCCUAAGCAAAAGAGGAUGAAAGGAGGAAAAGAGUUGGCAAAACAAGUGAAAACUUGUAGCUUGUGCAAAUGUCCUGGCCAUAACAUUAGUACAUGUCUAGAGAAUGAGAAUAAAGAUGUUCUGAACAGUGCUCAUAAGCGGAAAAAGAUUGCUUCAGAGGAAGGUGAUUUGAAUCCUAUUUUUGCUCUGAAAUAUUAGAAGGGAAACAUUAAUUUUAGCUACUUUUUUUCUUGAGCACAAUUUUAAGGAAAGUAAAUAGUUGAAUCAAUGAGUGUUAAUAGUUGUGUUGAAUUGAAAAAUAUACCAAUUUUUAUUCU